GUACUAGCUUUGCUGGGAAUGAAACUUCCAAUACUGAUUACCAUGGAUUUGAAUAUGUACUUUUCCCUUAUUCUUCUAAUGGUACUGUCGACUAUUGUGGAUCUAGCACUACAGUUUGUCGUUAUGUAGGAUAUCGUAAUUCCAAACUUCCAAGAGAUCGUUAUUGCGUAGCUGUCAAAAAUCCAAACAAUAUAAACUAUUAUAUGACAAUGGUAUUUACUUUUGGAGGUACCAGUGCUCGUCGUGACCUCGAUAAAUCUGAGGACACAUUUAAGAAAAACAUUUUCACUCGCGAGUUUGAUCGUCGUGAUUUCAAGCCACCUGAAAAAGAUGUUGGUGAUAGAUUCCAUCAUUAA